AUGCCUGCUCUAGCUUGCGUUGAUACUGGUUACUCUUUCUCCGGUGAUAACUCCGGUGACGUGUUUAUUCCGGCUUCACCAACUUCCGGUGACACCUCCUGUCAUUGGUCUUCGUCUCUCUCAGCAUCUCUUUACCGGAUCGAUGGUUGGGGAGCUCCUUAUUUCACUGCGAAUUCCUCCGGUAACAUCUCUGUUCGUCCUCAUGGUUCUGAUACUUUACCUCACCAAGACAUUGAUCUGCUUAAAAUCGUUAAGAAGGUUACAGAUCCGAAAUCCUCUGGUGGUUUAGGAUUACAGCUUCCUUUAAUCGUUCGUUUCCCUGAUGUGUUGAAGAAUAGGCUUGAGUGUCUUCAAUCUGCUUUUGAUUUCGCUAUUCAGAGUCAAGGAUAUGAUUCUCAUUACCAAGGUGUGUUUCCGGUGAAAUGUAAUCAAGACCGGUUCGUUGUUGAAGAUAUUGUCAGAUUUGGAUCUUCGUUUAGGUUUGGUUUGGAAGCUGGUUCUAAACCUGAGAUCCUUCUUGCUAUGAGCUGCUUGUGUAAAGGUAAUCCUGAUGCCUUUCUUGUGUGUAAUGGAUUCAAAGAUGCUGAGUAUAUAUCUUUGGCUUUGCUUGGGAGAAAAUUGGCUUUGAAUACUGUGAUUGUGCUUGAGCAAGAAGAAGAGCUUGAUCUUGUUAUUGAUUUGAGCAAGAAGAUGAGUGUGAAGCCUGUGAUUGGGUUAAGAGCUAAGCUGAGAACUAAACAUGAGGGUCAUUUCGGUUCGACUUCUGGUGAAAAGGGCAAGUUUGGAUUGACUACUAGUCAGAUUGUUCGUGUUAUGAGGAAGCUGAGCCAGACUGGUAUGCUUGAUUGUCUCCAGCUUUUGCAUUUUCACAUUGGUUCGCAAAUUCCUUCGACGUCGUUGCUGUCUGAUGGUGUAGCCGAAGCUGCUCAGCUUUACUGUGAGCUUGUGCGUCUUGGUGCACAUAUGAAAGUUAUCGAUAUCGGUGGUGGAUUGGGGAUUGACUACGACGGGUCUAAGUCCGGUGAAUCAGAUCUUUCUAUUGCGUAUACUCUCGAGGAGUAUGCUGAAGCUGUUGUAGCUUCAAUUCGGUUUGUAUGUGACCGGAGAUCGGUGAAGCAUCCGGUGAUAUGCAGUGAAAGCGGUAGAGCUAUCGUCUCUCAUCAUUCCGUGUUGAUCUUCGAAGCUGUCUCUGCGGUUAAACCAAGUGUUCAUCAAGCGAGCCCCGACGAUAUUCAGUUCUUGCUCGAAAGUGACGAAGCACGAGCUAACUAUGAAGAUCUUUACGCUGCUGUGAUGCGUAGAGAUCACGAAAGUUGCCUCCUUUAUGUGGAUCAGCUGAAGCAGAGAUGUGUUGAAGGUUUCAAAGAUGGUGUUUUGAGCAUCGAGCAGUUAGUUGCUGUUGAUGGGUUAUGUGAAUGGGUGUUGAAAGCUAUCGGCGCAUCGGAUCCGGUUCAUACUUACAAUAUCAAUCUAUCGGUUUUCACUUCGAUUCCUGAUCUCUGGGGGAUUGAUCAGCUGUUUCCUAUUGUUCCUAUCCAUAAGCUCGAUCAACGGCCAGGGGCUCGUGGGAUCUUAUCUGAUUUGACGUGCGACAGCGAUGGGAAGAUCGACAAGUUCAUAGGUGGUGAAACCAGCUUGCCGUUGCACGAGCUGGACAACAAUGGCAAUGGAGGAAAGUAUUUUUUGGGUAUGUUCCUUGGAGGUGCUUACGAGGAGGCGCUCGGUGGAGUCCACAAUCUGUUUGGCGGGCCAAGCGUUGUCCGGGUUUCGCAGAGCGAUGGACCACACAGCUUUGCAGUGACCCGAGCUGUGCCUGGUCAGUCCUCAGCCGAUGUUCUCCGAGCAAUGCAUCAUGAACCCGAGCUAAUGUUUCAGACCCUAAAGCACCGAGCAGAGGAAUUAAUGCAUACCAAAGGCGGUGACAAUGAAGGCGGAGAAGAAGAAGAUGAUGACGAGUACAACAAUGUCGCGGCUUGUCUCGACCGUUCGUUCCAUAACAUGCCGUAUCUCGCGACAGAGCCGGGAUCUCUGAGUAACUCUCUUUCAGCAGCGAUCAAUAACCUCGGAUUUUACUACUGCGACGAAGACAACUUCGAUUACUGCUCUGCCUAA